AUGUCUAAAGCCGUACCCCGACCGUCCCAAAGGGACACAGUUCUGAGUCGGCGACAAAUCGAAGGCCUCAUUGCCGAGGGGAGACAUGUCAUUAUUUUCGAAGGCCGAGUCCUGAAAGUGGACGCCUGGAUCAAAUUCCACCCCGGAGGGGACAAGUCAAUCCAGCACAUGGUGGGCAGGGAUGCAACAGAUGAGAUCAAUGCAUUGCACUCUCAGGAAGCCCGCCAACGCAUGCCCUCAUUUCAGAUCGGACGGAUUGAAGGAACGUGGAUCAAUUUCCUGCCCCCGAUCCAGGGCGGCAAGUUCCGCCCUUAUACUGAAGAGACGUGUUCGAGCGAGGAGGAUUUGACAAGUCAAGAGAGUUCCAGCCAAGAGGGAUCCCUACCCCCAUCCCCGAUAUUUGAUGCCGUCGACGAAUUCCGCAUCAGGCAUCGAUACCGCGGCUUCGACUCCCCGAACCAAGAAUUCCAGCCAAAGCCUUUCUUCUUGGAUGCCCGAACUCAGGAACAAAUCGUUUUUGAUACCGCCAAGUACCCGUCGUUGGACAUCGCGUGCCAGGAGGAUAUCAAGCACAAAUACCGGAAGCUGAACGAGCGCAUACAGGCGGAAGGGCUCUACGACUGCAACUAUUUUGCCUAUUUUGUCGAAUGCUGUCGAUACACGCUAUUUGCGACGCUGUCAUACGGUUUUCUUCGCAUGGGCUGGUGGGCUACAUCGGCGUUUUGGCUCGGGUGUUUCUGGCACCAGCUUGUUUUUACGGCCCAUGAUGCCGGACACAUGGGCAUCACGCACAAUUUCCAUGUCGACAGUGUAAUUGGGAUCAUUAUUGCCGACUAUCUCGGGGGGUUGAGCUUGGGGUGGUGGAAACGAAACCACAAUGUGCACCACAUCGUGACCAACGCCCCGGAGCAUGACCCGGACAUUGAGCACAUGCCCUUCUUCGCCAUCUCGCAUCGUUUUCUCACGAGCCUGAGAAGCACCUACUACGAGCGCAUCAUGACAUUCGACGCCGUGGCCAAGUUCACCCUCAAGUUCCAGGACUACCUGUACUACCCCAUCAUGCUCUUCGCCCGCUUCAACCUCUACCGCCUGAGCUGGGAAUACCUGCUGAAGGGCCAGGCCCCCAAGAAGGGACCCGCCUGGUGGCACUUGUGGCUUGAAGUCGGCGGCCAGAUUUUCUUCUGGACCUGGUUCGGCUACGGUGUGCUGUACAAGUCUAUUCCGGACUGGAACAGUCGGUUUAUUUUCCUUCUGGUCUCCCACAUGGUCACCUCUCCACUCCAUGUUCAGAUCACGCUGUCUCACUUCGCCAUGUCGACCGCCGACCUGGGCAUCCACGAAUCCUUCCCGCAGAAGAUGCUCCGUACCACUAUGGACGUCGAUUGCCCGACCUGGCUCGAUUUCUUCCACGGCGGUCUGCAGUUCCAGGCUAUCCACCACCUCUACCCACGCAUGCCGCGCCACAACCUGCGUCGUGCACAGAAUUUUAUCCUGGACUUCUGUCGCGAAACUGGCAUCCCUUAUGCCAUCUUUACUUUCUAUGACGGGAAUAAGGAGGUCAUCAGCAGGCUCGGUGAUGUGGCAAAGCAGGUUCGCAUCUUGGAAGAGUGCCGCAAGUCCAUUGCGGAGCACGGGGUUUUCUCUGAUCAUCAUCACUGA